UGGCUAGUUUUGUAUUAUCUUUGUUUUGAGCUACACGCUUUCCCACAAAUUUUCUCUCAUUCUCAGUCGCAGUCCCAUACAAAAUAUAAUAUAAAACCAAGAACACUCACAGGAUAGUUAGUGUAAGCAGAAGAAAAGAAAAACUGUGGUGCGGUGCUACUAAACUAAUUCUAAAAUAGCACAGGUCCUUCUUGAAAAGGUUCGAUUCUUUCCUUGGCGUUUCUUAAAAGCGUUUUACUUUAACCUAAUCCUUCGUCGCGUCGCGUCAGAUAUACAACUUUUCCCAAAUAUAACAACAACAACAAUAACAACACACACACGCGAGUAGAAGAAGUACAACAGUGUGCAGUGUAACGGCGAAGUUCAGACAGAAAAAAAGAAAAGCAAAAGUGUACGACAUUGAGUGAGCUACUGCUGCUGCCGGGCUGCGCUUUUUACACAUCUCCAAAUCCGACAAAAGAAAGCAAUACGUAGUUAAGCCAACACCCGCGCCCGCGACCCGUAGAUCCGUGCGCGACACCGAAGCUAUCCGGUAAAAGUUUUCCAAUUAAUCAAGUUUUCGACCGAGAGCGGCAAGGCCCAAAGCCCGCGCGGCGAGUAAAACUGGAAAUUCUAUCGACGGCAGUCGCACCAGCAGCAACCAUUACUUCAAUCGCAGCAGCAAUGGAGGAAGCCAAGGCCAAGCUCACCGAGAUCAACCUGUCCGACGAUCCGGCAGUGACGCUCACCAUCCGGCUCAUCAUGCAGGGCAAGGAAGUCGGAAGUAUAAUUGGCAAAAAAGGAGAAAUUGUCAAACGAUUCAGGGAAGAGUCCGGCGCAAAAAUCAACAUAUCAGAUGGGUCCUGUCCGGAGCGAAUCGUUACGGUGUCCGGUUCCAGAAGUGCUAUCUACAAAGCCUUUACACUGAUCACAAAGAAGUUCGAAGAGUGGUGUUCACAGUUCCAAGACAAUACUAAUGCACAGGGUAAAACACAAAUUCCAAUCCGCUUAAUCGUACCAGCUAGUCAGUGUGGUUCUCUGAUCGGAAAGGGCGGUUCCAAGAUUAAGGAAAUUCGGGAGAUUACAGGGUGCUCGAUUCAGGUCGCUAGCGAAAUGUUGCCAAAUUCGACGGAGCGUGCCGUCACGUUGAGUGGCUCGGCGGACGCCAUCACGCAGUGCAUCUACCACAUAUGCUGCGUUAUGCUGGAGUCGCCCCCGAAAGGUGCCACCAUCCCGUACCGGCCGAAGCCCCAGAUGAACGGACCGGUCAUAGUGGCAAACGGCCAAGCAUACACCAUCCAAGGCAACUACGCCGUUCCAGCACAGGAGGUUGGUGGACUCGCCAAAAACCCUCUUGCAGGACUAGCUGCCCUCGGACUGGCCGGUGCUAUUCCAACGAACACCAGUGGACUGAACCCGACGGCUGCUGUUGAUGUUAAGUCUCCAAACUGUACCGCCCUUGCAGCGCUGGCCGGAUCCCAGCUGCGGACCAACAACAACAACCGCAGCGUGACCCAGGUACAGUCCCAGUCUCAUGAGAUGACCGUGCCAAACGAUCUGAUCGGGUGCAUCAUCGGAAAGGGCGGCACCAAGAUUGCCGAAAUCCGCCAGAUUUCCGGUGCCAUGAUCCGCAUCUCCAACUGCGAGGAACGCGACAGUGGCAACACUGACCGAACCAUCACCAUCACCGGCAAUCCCGACUCGGUGGCCCUGGCGCAGUAUCUGAUCAACAUGAGCGUCGAACUGCAGAAGGCGAACCUGAACGAUGAAGCCGGCGGCUCGGGAACCGUUGGCACCGGUUCCGGCCUAAAUCCCUUGCUCCCGAAUACCAGCAGCAGCGGCGGUUCCGGUGGCUCCGGGGGUGGCUCCAAUUCGGCCGCCUCCGGUGGCAUCGGGGGCAAUCCACUGGCUUCGGCCAUCCCGUUGGCCCAGCUGCUCUCGAAGCCCGGUGCGUUGAACGCCCUGACCAGCCUGUCGGCCCUCGGCGGACUGACCGACCUGCUCGGUAAUCUGUCCAGCGGGGCCACCGGCGUCGGGCUGACCGCCAUCCAGACCACCGGCGUCAACCGGCCCAAGGCGACCCGGAUGCGGUCCCCGAACAGCAACCCCAGCAUGAACGGCGAUAGCAAUAAGAAGAGCGAACGCAAUAAAUUUAACCCCUACUAGGAGGGGCCAGCUCCCGAUGGACUUCGCGUGGGAGGGAUGGUCGUGGAGCUUAACAGUUUACUUCCGAGUUAAGGAUGCAGUAGGAGGAGGGGCGCAGGAAUCCUGUGCCGGAAAUAAUAAAAAAAAUAUGUGUGUAUGUUAGCGGUAGAAAGCGUAGGGACAAAGUUUAAUUGAGAAGACACACUUUGGAGGAAAGUUCUUUCAGUUCUUUUUUCUAUUGGGAAAAACGAGGGCAAAGUCAAACAUGAAUUUAUUAUAGAGAACACUGACGAAUGGUAUAGGAAAGCUUUGUAGGAUUUUCUUUCUGGCGUCGAAUUGGGCGAAUGCGCUUGGCGCUGGGUUUUCCAGCUUACAAUGUAGUGGCAGGAUCUAGCGCGGAGGGAGCCCGGCUGAUGCAGACGAGAUAAAAAUUUUAUUUAUAGAAUAUAAUUCAAUUAAGAUUUAAAAUAGGAUCACGAUCAGCAGUCGGCGAAGACGACGGCAGUAAAAAGAGAGUUACUUAGAAACGUAGACAAAGGGAGGGCCACGCGGAGAGUCAUUUUAAGCUUAAAUUUUUUCGUUUGUUUUACCCCCUCGGUACAGUCACUCGAUUCUAUCUAUUGCCCGCCCGUUAGAGCGAGCCAACAAUCAUCCAGCAGCAUCAGCAGCAGUUUCAUUUGCGUUCCGCAGAGUUUGAUGGCCGCGUGCUAUAACUAUAAUUAGUGCCGUCGAGAAAUGCUUGCUUGAAUCCGUUUCGAAUGCCAUAAGCGCUCUGCUAGUUUGCGCUCCGUGCUAAAAUUAACUCCAAUCGUUUUGUACAAGAAAAUUGCAGUUGAUGACGAACGGAUUAAAAUUCCAUUUGAAAUGCUUUUUUUGGGUUCGUAGUUAAUUGUAAAAUUUGUAGAAUAUAACCAAAUUGUAUGCAUUACCUACCACAAAGCAAGUGUUGGCUCUUUAGGAGAUUGACUUCUAUUCAAUAGAUUAAACCGUGUUUGGUCAGGCAAUAAAAUUGAAUAAAUAUUUUGGGUAUUGAGAACAAAGUUGAUAUUUGAGAUUAAAGUAUGUAUAGAAAAAGAAUUACAAUAAUGUGGUCUCAAUCUCACUAGCAUAGGUUUUCUAAUCGAUAUGAAGACACUUCCCAGGACAUAUUUCUGUGAACAGAUUUUGAUUUAUCGAUCGUAUCGAUUGUCCGGGAGCUGUUCGACCGAAACUUUCUCAUCCUUAUCACUGUCUGAACAUCAACCAGUGAUGAAUUCGUCAGUUUCGAAUCCAUCAAAUGCAUCAUGAAAACGAAUUAGACGCCUCGACAGUAAAGCCCCAGAGGGAUGCUUCACAAAUCUCAUCUCAUUUGCAGAUUUUUCCUUUUUCCUUUAUUCGAAUUUCGGAAGCUGUAGAAAAAAAAAACGGGAAUCAAUUUUGAUGAGUAAGUUCCUCCCACCAGAAGUGUGGAAAACCUACAUCAAACAUUCUCCGUAUCGACAGGUCGGAUCCGAUGAUGAUGAUGAUGAAUGAAGUUCGAAGAAUGAAAGAAAAUCUGUGUGACUUCCGUUUUUCCUCAAGUUCCGCGCCAGAUUUGAUGCGCAUCAGGUGCCGCCGCCGCCGCCAGAAGUCUAACUUUAAUGACGACGCGACGCCGUCGACGGGAAAAGCAGCAUAAUUUGGAAAAUUGAUCCAAGUUUUUAUUAUCUUUCGAUUCCGUGGCACGGUGCCAGUCUCGAAACGCGAAGCAAUCGGAUCAAUAAUUCGAUCCUGCAAACAUUUAUCCGAAUUAGUCGGCCGUGUAAUCGGAUGCUUGGAGUGCGUUGUCGUCGUGGUUUGUUUUCAUCGCCUCGCGCGCCGUGACGAUGAUGAUGAUGAUGAUCAGCGGGUGAAGUUCGAAGAAAUAAGCGGCGCGCCAGCACCUGUAGUAAAGGAAAUAACUCCACUCUCCGACAGUGCAGCCAUGUUGGAAUGUUUUCUAAUCUCUUUCGCAUCAUUCACUCAUUAAGUUGAUUAACAGUUUUAAUUAUCCAAUGUGCGCUGUUUUCGGAGGGAUUGGAGCCCUUUCGCAGCAGCACCGGGCGGGCUCACAGUAUGAGAAGGGUUACGCUUUCUCGCAUCGGAUCCUACCCCCGGUGAUGAGGGGGAGCCAUCAAUCCCUGGCUGUCAGCGCUGCUGUAGCGGCGAAGACAAGUUUCGAAGAGUUGGCCCGCAUAGUUGAGUUGGAAGUUAUGUAGGUACGUGGAAAUUGGCUUGAAGAAAAUUUCGAACAAACUCGAGUUGAAACGUGAGUGACAGUGAGUAAUACUUACUCGUAUCUUGAAUUACGCAAAUGUUAAUCAAGAGAGAGUGUCUGAUUUGCUGAUAAACAUUUUCUACAGAUAGUGGAUGGAUUUCGAGAACUUUUAUUGUUUUGUUGUCAGAGAGUUAGUGUUUUCAGCUGUUCGACGGUUUUGGUUAGGUAAUUUUGGAAUCUCCUAUUUAAAUUUAAAAAUUAUAAACAGGACAUAUUCCCUAAGUUAGAAUUAAAUAAUUUCCUGUGUUGGUCAAAACCAUUUUGUUUUCGUCAAAUGGCCGAAAUUCAUUCAGCGGAGGGCUAGGUCGAAAGUCAUUUGGCCUAAUUCUAUUUGGACGAUUUAAAAGUUCGACCGAAACAGUUAGUAGGACGAAAAUCAGCUGGCCGAAUAUUACGAUCGGGCGAAGACGCCAUUUGCCUGACGGGGAAAGGUCGUUUGGCCCAAAAACACAUUCGGUCGAGUGCCAUUAGCUCGAACAAACCAUUAGGCCAUUAGCAAACCAUUAGGCCGAAACGCAUCUGAUCGAAUUAGUGAUUUGGCUGAAAGGGUAAUUUGGUCGAAUAGGACAUCACUGUAAAAAGUGAGUACGAAGAAGUCUCACUUCUCAAUUCUCACUACUCACUUUUGCAGUGAGAAGUGAGACGUCUCACUUUCAGAACCUUAAAGAUUUUUUUUUAAAUUUGUGCAGGACAUUCUUUGUAUUAUCCAUGAGUAAUUGUUCUUAGGGGAAAAUCAAUUUGGCAGAAUGUCAUCUACCCAAAUUCCAUUUGGUCGAAACGGUCAUUAGGUUGAAAACGGAAAAAAGGCAUUUGUUCUAACAGGUCGUUAUGCCGAAAUAAUGGUUUUUCCGAUAACGUCAUUUGGCCGAUAAUACCGUUUGACCGAAAUUUCAUUUGAUGAAUGGAUAAUAAGGUCAAAACUCUUUAUUCGUUUGGUCAAAUGACAUUUUUGUUCUUGGCCGAAUGACAUUUUCGGUCGUAUACCCAUUUCGGUCAAAUGACAUUUUCGGCCAGAUGAGUUUCAGUUUCAGCAUAAUGGUUUGUUUGGCCUAUUGACAUAUUUGGCAAAACAACUUUUGCCCUUGUGGUCUUCGGCCAAGACUUCGUCGAUUGGUCAAAAGUCAUUCGGCGGCAAGCCAAUUGUUCGAAUACCAGUGCUGGGUCGAAAAAACUCAUUCAAUCGAAAAUCGGUUCGCCGAAACGGUUGUUAGGUUGAAUAAGGUUUAGCUGAAAAUGACACGGCCCAAAGAGUCGUUCGACCGAACUAGCGGAAAAACGGCAUUUUCGGUCAUAUGACCUACUCGGCCAGAAGACUUUUGGCAAAAUUACCAGUUCGGUCGAACGACAUUUUCAGUUGUAUUCCCAUUAUAAUGGAAACCUAUAGGUCAAAUGAUCAUUUCUGCCAAAACGCCUUUUUUGGCCAAAUAACUUUUUCAGCCCCUUUUUCAUUUCGUCCUUAACAACAUUUUCAGUUAAAUAACUUUCGCAUAGGUGGAUUUCGGCCUUAAUGGUCUGUCCAAUCAAAUGGCAUAUUUGACCAAAUAACUUUCGGCUAUCUGUUAAACGAAUUUUGGUUGAAUGACUUUCGGUCAAACGACUUUUCUUCGUUCUAAAAUUUGAUUCCAACGAGAAAUUCCAAGGAUUUCAAUAUUUUUGAAAUUUCCACUUGAAACUCUUCUUAAUUUUUACGGAAGGCUUAGUUUUUAGAAAGUUGUAUGAAAUUUUCAAGCAAAUCAUUGGUAUUUUCACGAAAACUUCUCUGGUGUCUUAUAGAUACUAUAUAUACGGUUUAUUUUUAAACGGCGACGCGCCAAUGUGAAAUGUUGUGGCAUGGUGCUAAAAACUGUCAGCAAGAGCAGCGUGCACAGUGGCGCACAUCUCUAUUAACGACCGUAUGACUCUUUCGGCCCAAUCGACAUGUUUGGUCAUAUGAACAGCAUUUUUGGCCAAACGGCGUUUUCGGCCAAAUGGUCUACUUGACUUAGCGAUUUUUUCGGUCAAAAGAUCUGUUUGGCCAAAUGAUCAGUAAGACCAAACAACAUUUUUGGCCGAAUGAUUUUCGGUUCAAUGGUUCGUUCGGCAUUUUCGAGCAAACAGCUCUCCCUGUUUGAUCGAAUGUUUAUUUUGUUCAUAUCAUUUGUUCAAUCAACGACAUUUUCGGCCAUUUGACCCAUUCAGGAAACGCGUUUAGGGCCGUAUGACCAGUUCAGCCAUUAGGCAUUUUUUAAGUGCCAUUUUCGGUCAAUUGACCUGUUCGGCUUCAUAGCUUUUUCGAUUAAUUGACCUGUUCGGUCAAAGGACACUUUUGGCCGUAUGCCCUUUGGGCUGAAAGAUAUUUUCGCCCAGAGGGAUUUCGGCCUAAUAUUUGUGUAACCAAGCAGCUUUCGGCCUGAGCUGCAGUGAUUGAUUUCUUACUACCAGUUAGUCAGUAAACUAGGGUGCAAAUGGAAUGUUUGGGAAGAAAAUUUCAUUAAAUGAAAAAAAAAAAAAGGCAUUACUCACAAGAUCCAUUUGCCGAAAAUAUGACACUAUGCUAAAUUUGAGCUCAAUCGGUCUUGCUUUAGGAGUGCCUCUAAUCGAUCAAAGUUUUGACAGUUUUAGCCAGAAAAACAUUUUUUUUUCUCGAUCCCAAAUGCUGCCGAUCCCAAAUUGUUUGAAAAGAUUUGGGACUUGAUGUUUGAUUCAUAUUCGGGCCACGGAAAUCAGAAAGCAAUGAGACCAUUACAAAACUCGAAUAUUCCUUGACGUGAAACGUUUUCCAUGCAGCCUUUCAACUUGGAUCGAUUUUCCAACACGUUAAGUUUGUCCCUUUGCUGAUAUCUUUCAUUUUACAAGCUUUUCCACUAAAUCACAAACACCUCCUGCCACCGAAGCACAGGUUGAGAACGUAAUUCAAUUUAUAAGAGUUACUGCCACCCACUCCUAGUCAGCACGCGCCACAAAAAGUGUCGAUCCGACAACGACGACCCGAAAACUCGUAUCGUCGUCCUUGUCGUCGUCACCGCAUUCGCCCGGAUUCCUCCAGAGCUGGUAAAUAUACGAAACAUAGCGCGAUUGGGUAAUGCAAUUUUGAGGUUACGACCAGUGACUCGACUAUAGCUGCUAUAGUCCUAGUGCUGGCCUACCUUUCCACAUUCGCAAGGGGCAAGCUCUGGUGGUCAUGUGGAGAACGAUGGAAUAAAAACAAAAACACCCACCAACAUAUCAGUUUACCGCGCUGUGGGUUUUCCCUUGGGGAAAACCUUCUUCACUCUUCAUUAGUUCACAGCGCGAACGUGGUCUUUCUUUUCCACGGCUGUGUUGACUACCGUUGGUGGUUUUUCUUCCCAAUAGUAAAUGGGGAAGGACUGAAAUUGGGUUCACCGACACCACAUGUCGCGAUGAUGUGCACAGUUAGCCGGAACCGGAGAAUACGUUUCGGAAUAACGUGAAAGCGUUCCAUGGCAGCGAAAUUCAAAAUAAAGGCUUUUAUGACCUUAUAUGAAAUAAAAUGACUUGAUCAAAUUAAACCACGAAAUAGGAUUCUUCGACGAAUUUUGGAAUUCGGAAUUUUUCAUUCGUUUAUUUGGUUCAAAUGCCGUCCGCUCGAACAAGAAAACAACUUGUUUCACCUAAAAUGUGUCUAAACUUAUUUUUUUGAGACCAAAAGUAAAAUUGAUUGCCCUCCUACGGAAGUAGGUGCUGCAUUUGAAAUAUCUUCUUAUGGAGUAUCGAACGCGGUCGGACGGUGUUUUGUCCGCCGACCAGCAGCGACAAAAGAACUGCAAAGGCUUCUGCUGGUGGCGGCGCGGCAGGCUUACCUCCUGCUUGGUGCAAGAUGACAAAUUGAAAAAUAAUAUUUUUUCGGUAAUCUGACGCUUUCGGUUUUUACCAUUAAAAUGGGGAAAUAAUUACCCCACUACCGGGAACUCGAGACGGGAGAGGCCAUGCGAAAUGUAAUUUCAUUUGGUCGCUGCCAAAAUUUUCUCCAACUUUGUUGUUGCCUCAGUUUAAUGCGAAAAUCAGUGCAGGUUUUCCGCUGAAAAAAAUCCGAACGAACGACUUUCACAGACAGAUGGAGAUUAUAUUCAUUUUUUUCCAGAUUGAAAUAAUCGCAUGAAGAGUACAAGAACAUGUUUUUGAAAUAAUCGUUUAGGACAGUUGAAUACUUUUUUCCAACCCUUGUAAGGAGUAAAAACCAUUCUUAAUACGUAAAAAAUACAUAAAGUGAGCAACUCAUCAAGAUUAUGACAAUGAUAACAUGAUUUGCUUUACUCAAAUGUUCACUCCUCAUAGACACUGAAAAUCCCCAAGGGGUCGUCUCGCGAGUAAUCUAAAACCGUCCCACUCCAUCAAACCAUAAACUCGAGUGAGUCGCAAAAUGCGCUCCCAAAUUGGAAGAUUAACUAAAUCUUUUCACCAGGGAUUUACUCCUCGUUGGUUGAUCAGAUUUUAAUGGCAAAGUGAAAAAAAACGAACGAAACCCCGAGCGCACUUUUCUCUGGCUGGUAGGAAAAUUAAAAUUGUGUAAACGCUGAAUUUUAUGACAGUUUAAUGAUUCAAUUUGUAGUCGAGCUUGCCGCUGCCACCUUUCCUGAUGCGCUCUGCCGCACCCGGGAAAUUGGGCCAAUGAAUGUGGCGGGAAAGGACUGAAAGUGCGUCCGAAAUGGGCUGAGAACAAUCCGUUUUUACGUCACCGUCGCCAACCUCUGGAUUCAAUGGUUGACUGUGCGGUUACAAACAGUGUCAUAUUCUUUCUCGCUAACGAGAGGGGAGAUAAUCUGGUUUGAUGGAUGGAUGAGGACAAUAUUCUGGGAAAUAAAUUAAUUUAUUUAUGUGCCAGUCAGCGCGCGAGGGUCUCUCGAGUCUGGAUGCGGCCGGUCCGAGUGAUUCGGCGCUUCCAGCCCGUCGUUCGAGGAAAACGAGAAUCGUUUUGCAAUUAGGAUACAUAAAUGAGAUUUUAGUUGUUGCCUAAUCUUCAUUCUGUCCCAUGGUGUGCAGCGUUUCGAAGAAUUCAAAGGAAUUUGAGUUGGAAAAUCCUUGAAUGGCAUCUCCAAUGCUUCUGGAUUAUCCAAUUUAUUGAUUCUCCGAAGUCAAAAAAAUGUCUGACUUCAAUUUUGGAAAUAAAUCUAAUUCAAAGUAUUACAUAAGCCCUUCUGCUAUUUAUACUCUGGAAAUUAGAGAAAAUACAGCAAAUAUUCGGAGCUACAAUAAAGUAUAGAAAAUACGGGUUGUACUUUUCAAUUUCAAAUAAACUGAAACAAAGAAUGCAAAUAGUGCCGCCACCGCACCAUUUCAUCACUCCACCACCGCUGAGCGAUUAUCAUUAUCAUUACUGUCGGCGGCAACCGACAGUCAAUAUGAGGUGGUUUGAAGCAGCUGCACCAGGACCCAGCCGCAUUCAUCCUACCAAUCGGGCGGAAUAUACUGACUGACUGACUGUCUGCCGUCAGUCCGUGCCCGUCAGAGUUCUCAGUUCAGGCUCGAUGUGUACGUACCACCCGUCCACAUCCGCCGCAGAGCCCUGCACAUUAAACGUAGAACUCAUCAAUUUUCAUUUCAUCGCUUUUCGCCUGUGUCUGAGUCGGUACAAGCACUCUGGCACAUGUGUGCUACCUGCUGGGGUGGCGAUGGUGGGGGCCGGAAAAACGGUAUGCCCUUUCGAUAUGUUGCCCUAACCUCAUGGCCGCCACAACAUUUUCGGGGUGGAUCAAUAUAUCGAUAUUGAUAUUUAUUAUUGCAACCACUAAUUGGAGUUUGGCAAUAAUAUUGGAUUUUUUUUCUGUUAUGUGGGCAUUCGAGUGAGUGAUGGAAUCUCGAACAGAUUGUUACGACUUUCGACAUCGAAGCCAAUUGCUAGUGAAAGAGAAGAGACGUGUAUUGAAAUCAUAGCCAACAAACGCAGUUUUAAGGUAAAAUGUGGAAAACGAAAAAAUCAGUACAAAUCAUUGAUCGUGCUUCUGAUCGGAAUGCUAUGUAAGGGGAAUGAUUUUAAAAUAAACCAUUAACGGUUCGAAACUUUUGCUUUAAGUUUUAUUUCUAUCGUAAUUUUAAUCCAACCGGUGUACGUUUAGUUUACUAAGAGAUAUUUGUGUGCUUUGGGCUUCGUUAGGAAUUACGUUAGCGUCGCGGACUUAGAGGAGAAUUAGUCUCCGAGAGCAGGGAACGAUCUUGAAUAGCCUCCAAAGGCGGAAAAUGAAUAAAUGAACAUUAUGAAUAACAUUUUGACUUACUUAGAGUAAGAGAAUUGAGUCGAGAACUUUUGCUGAAACAUCUAUCAAACAUGCUGUCUUGAGAUACAAUUUUGUAGUUUUUAGACGAAGAACAUACAAAACGUUAAACUGUAAGAAUCCGUAGCCGUAAGUUUCAAAUGAAAUCAAGUAACUAUUCUCUAGAUGGUUCACGUUAGUAUAUGGGAAUCGCAUGCAUACGAAAUCCAGUUUUAUCCAAUCCAACUUGUAAUGUAUUUAAUCACCCUAUUCUAUUGAAUCAUACGAAGCGAAUCCAAUUUCUACACAUGGAUAUGUUAAGCCCCACACAAAGCCAAUACAUAACCAACAAAAUUAGGUGUUACAAUCCCAGUUAAUUGACUGUAAUGACAUUACCAGACAGGAAGAAAAAAUCGUAAAAGAAAUGCAACAAAACAUUAUUUGAUGCUCCAAUUGUAAUCAGAGAUCCAAUGAAAAUGAGUUAAUAAAGAUAGACAUUGAAUUAAGUCAAAAUCUAGAAAA